AUGUACAUUACUGGUCAUUCUAAAAGGUUUUUAUGGAAGGUGAUGGAUCUUAAUUCAAUUGAACAGUUUUGGUAUCUUAUCAACACCAGAGUUCAGAAGGGAGAAUUAGAAAAUUCAGCUUUAAGUCAAAAAGUAAGAGAAGCUGGGGAUGAAAUACCUUUAGAACAAAUUUUAAAUGCUAUUCAUCAUCAAAUAAAUCAUAGUACUUCAUCCUUGUCUUUAAAUGACAAUAAUUCAAACUUAAUAGAAAAUGCAAAUACAACUGUUUUUAAUACUACAAUACAAACAAAUCCAAUUAAUGAUAUUGGUUUCAGUAAUUUAAAUAAAAUUAAUACAAAUACUUCACAACUUUCAAAUAUUAGAGCUUCAACAACUAAAUCAAAAGGUUUGUCUAAAUUAUUUUCAAGAAAAAGAUCUUUAACUAAUAUAUCUGAUAAAAGUUAUUUAGGAGCAAACUAUAUUGAUGUAGACUCAUUGUUUUGUUUUUCUGUUUUAGUAUUAAAUUCGUUGGACGUUUUAUAA